AUGCCCUCUCAUUUUGCUCAACCUCAAACCCAGCAACAGCUACAGGUUCUUUCCCAUCCUCAUCAGCCACCGCUAUCGGUAAUACCACAUCAGCAGGCUUUUGUUCCACCUCAGCUUCAGCCUCACCUUUACAUGAGUCCUGAUAACAUUGCCAACUUUGACAUGGUCCUAGGGGGCUUUGACCCCAAUGCUAUCCAAGCUUACCCGAUGGCAUCGCAGGGCAACGCUCCGUUAGCAACCAGCAUCCCGACAGCUAUGGCUAUUACCAGUGGGCCACUAAACCCUCCUCUGGACGGCUUCUUGGACGAGUUGAGCUAUUAUUCGUACGGAUCUCAGGCAUGGAUCCCAACAAAUAACUUGUUCGGAGGCUAA